AUGGCAGCAAACAACAACAGUAUGAAUAUGACUCAGCCACUCAUUCCCAUUUUCAAAGGAGAGUGCUAUGAGUUUUGGGGUAUCAAAAUGAAGACUCUAUUCAAGUCUCAAGACCUAUGGGACUUAGUAGAGAAUGGGUUUGCAGAUCCAGAUGAGGAGCAGAGGCUAAGGGAAAAGAAAAAGGAGUUCAAGGCAUUGUUCUUCAUUCAACAAGCUAUGCAUGAGAUGACUUUUUCAAGGAUUGCAGCAGCCACUACCUCCAAGCAAGCAUGGGAGAUGCUGCAAAAAGAAUUUCAGGGCUUAACAAAGACAUUGAGGAAUAUAAGGAUUUGUCUAUUUUUCUCAUUCGAUGAACUAAUGGGUUCCAUACAAGCUCAUGAAGCGAGGCUAAAUAGAUCACUUGAAAAGAGUGAGGAGAAGGUAUUUCAAGUGAAGGGGGAAGCAUCUUCACAAAAGGAUGACUCAAAAAAAGCAGCAAGUAGAGAAAAUGGCAAAGCUAGAUAUCGAAGUGAGGUCAUGGUAGAGGCAGAGGCAGAUGGCUGGAAAUGGGAAAAACAAGCAAACUAUGCUAAAGGAGAUGAAGAAGAAAGCAAGUUGUUCAUGGCCCAUAUGCAUGUGAAUGAUGUACCAAGUGAAAUCUGGUUUUCAAACAGCGGCUGCUCAAAUCAUAUGUCUGGCAUGAGAUCAAUGUUCAAAGAACUUGAUGAGACUCAUAAGUUGAGGGUGAGACUUGGAGAAGAUAAGCUACUUCAGACUGAAGAAAAGGCACAGUUGCUGUCAGGACUAGCCAUGGUAAGAUUAAGCUUCUUCAUAAUGGUGGUCCUCCUCCCAAUUGAGGUUGAGGCAGGCGAGGUAGUAAAGAAAAGUGGCAAAGUUGGUCUCGUGGCUGAUGCCAUAGUCGAUGCAGGAGGCAUUGCUGAAGGAGUCAAGGAGGUGGGGAAGGAGCUCGUUUGCGGUGGGGCGGAACUAGUUAGAGGGGAGGAGGAGCGGGAGGGCCUCGAAGGAGAGGCGAACAUGAUAGGAUCGAUAGGUGGGGUUGCCAUAGUAGGUGAGGUGGGGGAGAGGGGGGAUCUCAUGGAUCCAGGAGGUUAG